UAGUUGGUGUGAAAGAGGCAGAUGUAGAGGACAGAGGGUUGUGGAGAUGGAUGAUCCGCUGUGGCGACCCCUAAUGGGAGAAGCUGAGAGAAGAAGAAGAAGAUUUUGCAGCAUAGAUUUUAGUCUGGUUAUGUUUGCACUUUAUAAACAUAUGCACCAUUGUAUAUAUUUUACAGGAAAGGUGUUAGAUAUUAUAAUUGUUUAUAUAUAUUUCUUUAAACAUUUCCAGGUUAGAUUAUAAAUCAUGCAAAUACUUGAUUUGGAAAUGAAAUGUAUAUAUUUUGUAAGCAUAAUUAGUUAUAUCUAGUGUGUAAUGAUGGGAUAAUUGUACUGUUUUGGAUCAAUGUUUGAGUUUGCAUGACUCUCGAGAGUGUAUGAUGAUGUGACUUGUUGCUAAAAAGAUUAUGCCGAAUGUUAUUAUUUUCAUGUUGUCCUUUUAUAUCAUAAAGUCUACAUCGUCCUAAUCAUAUGCAGGUUUAUAUAGGUUGGUAGGUAUCAAAGAAAUUACUCAGUGUUGAUUAUGAUGGUGAAACUGAGAGUUUUCUGAAAAAGCUUGAAUGGGUUCAUUUUUAGUUUACUGCAGCAAAAUCAAUACUAUUGUCAGCUCUAGCCACUAUUGAAGUAGGGUCUGUCUCUUUUUUUGUUUGUUUGGUUUUUUCUUUCUUUGUUCUUGUAUGCUUUGCUCCAGCAGUUUUUAGAGACCAACAGCUGUUUAUCAACCAGACAGACAAGCAGUCGUUAGCAGUUUCAUGUUCAGGAAGGGAGAACCUUAUCUUAACCACUUGUGGGUUUGGAGAGAUUUCAUCUGGAGGCACUAUUCAUUUAAUGAUGUCAUCCCUGAUUGUGAUCUGUGGGAGAAAUGGAGGAAGUGGAAGUAGAGAAGAUGGUCAAGUUGGCUGAGCAGUGCUUAGAGAGAAUAAAAUCUAGUAUAGGAAAGAGAAAUGAAACCUCUGUUUUUAAUUCUUCUACAACCCCCAUUCAGGCAUCUUCACUUGCACAGAUCACCCCUCAAACGAAUACCAAAACAUCAGAGACAUUGAAUGAAGUAGUGAUGGAGCCGAGUAAAUUCUGCCUGAUCAAGCAGAACUCUCGACAUCACAAAGUGCUCUCAGAAGAUAAGGGGGAAGACUGUCCUUUCCUGCCCCCCGAACAAUUUCAGAGGCUACAAGUUCUGGAGUCACAAGACAACAAAAAGGAAUUAACACCUAUUGAGGAGGCUUCAUGUCUAAACCAGAAACUAAAAGCUAAUUAUGAGGCACGUCUGGCACGGCUUGCCCCCGGUCAGGCCACACAGAAAACAUCACUGACACUGUCUCUUCAGAGGCAAAUGAUGGAGAACCUGAUUAUAGCCAGAGCCAGACAAGAUGCUCUCCAAAGGAAAAUGGAAGAGAGAAGACUCAGGCUGCAAGAGCAAGCAAACAGGAAAUUUUCUUCAUCUGUGAUUCUGACACCUGAGGAGCAGGAGCAACGAGUUCUAUAUGCAAAUAUAUUAGAAUAUGAGCAAGAUCAUGAUUGGCCUAAGGUAUGGAAAGCUAGCUUGAAGAAGAAUCCAAAUGAUUCAACUUUGGUUUCAGGCCUAGUCACCUAUCUUCUUAGCUGUCCAGAGCAUCCUGUUGUGAAGUUAUUAAAGAAGCUCCAGUAUGAAGUUUAUAACAGGCUGUACCCCAUAAUAAGCCAUACUGUUCCUCCAAGUCCAACACCUGGCCACGCUGUUCCAUUAAAGCCUUCACACAGUGCACAGAGCCUGCUGCUCCCUCAAAGUCCACCGUGUCAGCUCAAGCCUAGCCUAAGCCACAGCCUAUCAGAUGCUUCCAUCUCACUCUCACCACUCCCUGACCUAAACGCUAACAAUGCAGCCUCAAAAAUAGAUUCAGAAGUGCUCCCGACCCCAGUUCCUCCAGAUCGAGAGAACUCUUUUGAGGAUCUUGAGCAGUAUAUGGCCCAGCUGGACUGGGCUUCAGCUUGUACAGGUGACACACUCUCUGAUAUGACCUUUGACAUGACCCAUAGUGACAUGGAAGCUCACCUUCAAGACCUGGAGGAGCGAGCUUUAAAAGAACACCUGAAAGCUACAGUCAAAGACAUCCACAAUGCCAUUGAUCGGCUGCUGUCUCUGUGUCUACUUUCUUUUGAAUGUCUCAACACUGCAAGCUCCAAAGACCAAUGUGUAGCAUGCAUAGAGGAGGUCUUCUUCACCCCAAUAUGGGGCCCUCUACUGGCACUUUUUAGGAAGGUGAAUCAAGAUCGCGAGCAGGCUUUUGAGAGCAGUGUUCUCCUGUACCGUAAUAUUUCACCUGGUGAUAUUGGUGUAGCAGACAAACUGUUUCCCAAAGAUCCUGCUGUACUGCAUGGUUCCUACCCAUACGAGUCUGCAGUGCAGGAACUUCAGCUCCUCUGUAAAGACUGUUGUCCUCAGAAGAAGCUAGAAUGCAUAGUGAGAACCUUACGGCUCAUUUGUGCCUGUGCUGAGCAUUACCGUCUCCUUCAAGAAAACGAUCCAUCACCUAAAACGGCAGCCAUUGGAGCAGAUGAUUUGCUGCCCAUUUUGUCUUAUGUGGCUUUGCGCUCUGAACUGCCUCAGCUAGUCUCUGAAUGUGCUGCGCUGGAAGAAUUCAUCCACGAGGGGUAUCUGAUUGGCGAGGAGGGCUACUGCCUAACGUCACUGCAGAGUGCCCUGUCGUAUGUGGAGUCACUGCACUUGACUGGAGCUUUGGAUCUGGCUGCAAAACCUACCUGACUCAGUCCUUCAAUCCAGGACAGCAACGUCUCAGUCUUUCCUAUCAUCAGUGCUGCAAGAUUAAACACCCGUCAUCCAUCCAGCAUAGAAGAUGUAACACAAAGCGAGUCUGGAGCUUUGCAGCCUCAAAAGCGUGAGAGCUCUGAAUCCUGCUGUGUUGCAGAGUUGGGUCCCAAAUGGUCUUUGGUUAGUGAAAUGGAAUCAGGUUGAUGUUAUGAGGGAGUUGUUUUGGGCGUUUAAAAAAUUAAAUCAAAUAGCGUGCCUAAUUCAAUUAUCUCUGCGUCCUGUUUUGUUUUCUUCAUAAUAUAGUUGUUUUACUGUGAGUGAACAGAAGACUAAAAUAACUACAACCAUUUGUUUUUGUUUUGCUGUUUUUUUUUUUUUUUUUUUUUUUACCCGGGUCUAGUACAUGUCUUCUCACGAAGUAUAAAAAUGGCAAAAUUGUGCUGUUUAAAAAGACUCCUAGAAAGUCAUGAGUGAAGAGAUUGCAAUGACUAAAUUUUUUUUGUGUAAGAAAAGUUGUGCCAUUUAAGUUUUAUCAUUGUAUCAUCAUAACUAUAAACCUUGAAGACGAAGGACUGACCUGCUGUUUUAAUGAGGAAAAAACAAGGACGUAAUUUCUAGCACACUGUAAUUAAUGGAAUUGAGCAUGUUUCAGAUAAAUAUCCAACUAACUUGUUUUGUUGACGUUAUACUUUGAUGAAUGAUGUUUGCAGGUUGGAUAAUAAAUGGGAUUUUUCGAGCUAUCUACAUCCUGAUUUUGAAAAUAGUGGCAUGAGAGAUAUGCCAGACACUUUAUUUACAUUUUUUUUUAUUGUGACAGUGACCUGGAUCAGCACUUUGAGAAGCACAUAACAAGGACUGCAUAUUUAAACAUUCACUGAAUAUUAAGUUUCCUACAGAGUAGUAUACAUGUAUAUAACUGCGUUUUCUUCCACCCACCAUGAAUUAUAUUGUUUGUAUAAACAAUUAUAUAUGGUCUUGUUUACUGUUUUUGCUCCUUUCAAAUAUUUUACUAAACUAAUGUGUUUAAAUAUUUACUGCUUUACCAAAAAUCAUUUCGACAUAAAAAAGAGUUGUACCAAAAGAUUUUUUUUUUUUUUUUAUGUGAACUGUUGAUGCUUAAGUGUAUUUUAUGCUCCAUUCAAUUAUGCAAAAUGAAUGUUGAGAAGGAAAAAAAAAAGUCUUAGUUUAUGAAUAUAAAAUGCUGGCAUUGCUGUACCAUAUCUAAUGUAAAUAUGUAUCUAACCUUAUGUAACAUCUGUCUAAUAUAAAUGUAUUUGUCCUAGUUUUUUUUUUUUUUUUUUCCUUCUGUGUAUGUGGAUCACUGGCUGCAAUCAAUUGAAUAUUUGCUGUAUUGCUAAUGAUCUUUAAAUGUGAAUUUGUUGAAAAAGAAUGCAUAAUGUAUAGUAUGCCAUGGGUUUUGUAAUAAUAAAACUGAAGUGACCUUUA